UACCAUGACAAUUCAAUUGUAAACUUAGAUACAAUUAUCACUCGUUUGGAUAAAAAUUGUAUUUUGAAUUAGAUGAUAAUAAAUUAUUAACAUAUUUGGAGUUUUUGCUUUAUGCUUGACAUAAAAAUAAAUGUAACAGUUUGCACAAAAGUAGCAUGUCUUGUAAAUUAUAUUAAGUUUUAAGGAAACGUAAUGUCUGAGGAUAGUAGGCCUAGUAGCAGUAGUAGUAGGCCUGCGAGUCGUAUGGGUUGGGUUGAGGAAUCUUUAUAUUCUCCCGAACAAAUACGGAUUCCCAACGAACUUCCGCAGUUGCUUAAAAAAUAUACGAAAGAUGCCAUACGCACACAACCGAAAGACAUACUACAGUGGUCUGCUGCGUAUUUUCGGGCAUUAGCAAAUGGAGAAGAACCACCUGUAAAAAAUCAUCUAGAAUUUUUUAAUGGGUCAAGUGGUCUUACUUUUGAAAUACUAAAAGCUUUACAUCAUCAGUUAAGUAGCAAGAUUGAGGUAACUAUUGAAGAGAUUCGACAUAAAUGGGAAAACUUCAGCCUUGAAGAAGAGAAACUAAAGGAAUUGUUAAGUCUUGGCAGAUUUCCAGAAGAGUCAUCAUUCUCAGUUAAUUGGUUAAAGUUCGUUUCCCUUGGUUGUGGAGAACUUGGAAGUACAAUUAAAGAAAGAAUGACAUUCUUCUGUAAGGUCAUAACUAAUAAACCACCAGAAGAAAUACCAGAAAUUCCAUUUUCAACGUUUUCACAGAUAUACCAGUUCAUUACCAAGCUGGAUGAAAAUAUUCCUGAAGAACAUAUAAAUAGCGUUGUCAAUUUUUUGUCAGUUCAGGCAGAAAAGCAAGGUGGCAUGGUCAAUCCACAAAACUUCUUGUUGCCUGACUGUCCUUCUCUUGAUUAUGUUUUAUUGUAGCUUGUUGAAUUUUUUCCAAAGCUUGUAGUUUCUCUGUGUAUUUUAUAGUGUUGGGUAAAUAAUUUGUUAUUGGAAAUUAUAACUCAGUGAUACAGUAUAUUUAAAAUUGUUGAGAUGUAUACAGUUCUAGAUUUUUAAUAAAUAUUCUUAAAAACAACUAAUUAAAAAACUUAGAACUUGAAGAUGGUAAUUACUAUGUCACAUGAAAGGUAAAACAACUAAUUAAAAACUAGAACUUGAAGAUGGUAAUUAUUAUGUCACGUGAAAGGUAAAACAACUAAUUAAAAACUUAGAACUUGAAGAUGGUAAUUAUUAUGUCACGUGAAAAGGUAAAACAACUAAUUAAAAACUUAGAACUUGAAUAUGGUAAUUAUUAUGUCACAUGAAAGGUAAAACAACUAAUUAAAAACAUAGAACUUGAAGAUGUAAUUAUUAUGUCACGUGAAAGGUAAAACAACUAAUUUAAAACAUAGAUCUUGAAGAUGUAAUUAUUAUGUCAUGUGAAAGGUAAAACAACUAAUUAAAAACUUAGAACUUGAAGAUGUUAAUUAUUAUGUCACAUGAAAUAUAAAACAAUUAUUGUAUGUGUUCUGGGUUAUAGGACAUUUUUGAGGUAUAGAAUCAAAACAAAACCCAACAACAAAUGAAUUAUUAUGUAUUAGAAGAUUACUGGCCAAUCUUUGUCCAAAUAUUUAAUGGUAUACCGAUAUUACAACACAGUUGUAUAAUAUGCCAGCUUAUGAAAUUGAAACUUUCAAAUGUAUAAAUCUAUCAAUUACUUUCAUAUAUUUUAAAUGCUCUAUUUUUCAUAGAAUUUUGUAUUCAUGAGAGACAAAUAAACUUGUGAGCAGUAAAAACAAAACAUAUCUUGCUAUAAAAACCUUAUAUUUACGUCAGAUGUGUGCUUUGAAGUGUUGUACGUCAUAGUGACGGUACAGUUGAAAAUAGCAUUGUCUUAGAGACUUUUCAAGUAAGCUACAUAACAUAAUACCAGAAUAUUUCCUGCAGUGUAUUCGAUUUCUUAGAUUUAUAUGUUUAAGAUUGAAACGAACCCGUAUUGAUUUUAACCGCGUUAUUAAAUGGAAAGUUUUGUUUGAAUUUUGUAUAAGUCAAUAGAUGGCGCGAUAGUGGUAUUGGUUGUUCCAGUUAAGUUUGUUUUUAACUGACGUUAUUACUAGACUGACAUACAGUAAUUAGUGAUUUCCAUAACUUGUGUCUAUAUUUUAUAAAAUAUAUACACCCAAACCUUCUUUUUCGUGAUAGAGGUUUUAUUCAUCCCAGUACUUGGCGAUUCAUAACUGUUGUUUACUAUCGAAAGGAAGAAAUACAAAAUCUAUGAAUAAGUGAAGUUGUAACUUGAUAUCUUUAACCAAGGUUUAAUUAUAACUUGAUAUUUUUAACCAAGGUGUAGUUGUAACUUCAUAUCUGUAACCAAGGUUUAAUUAUAACUUGAUAUCUUUAACCAAGGUGUAGUUAUAAUUUGAUAUCUUUAACCAAGAUGUAGUUGUAACUUGAUAUCUUUAACCAAAAUGUAGUUAUAACUUGAUAUCUUUAACCAAGGUUUAAUUAUAACUUGAUAUUUUUAACCAAGGCGUAGUUGUAACUUCAUAUCUGUAACCAAGGUUUAAUUAUAACUUGAUAUAUUUAACCAAGAUGUAGUUGUAACUUGAUAUCUUUAACCAAGGUUUAAUUAUAACUUGAUAUUUUUAACCAAGGUGUAGUUAUAACUUGAUAUCUUUAACCAAGGUUUAAUUAUAACUGGAUAUUUUUAACCAAGGUGUAGUUAUAACUUGAUAUAUUUAACCAAGGUUUAAUGAUAACUGGAUAUUUUUAACC